UACGCGCUUCGGAGUUAGUCGUUUGCUAACCGUAGCCGUGUAAAUAUUGUGUGUGCAAAUCAUGAACUGAAUUCGAAAAUCGUUUGUGCUUUUCGCGUUCUUUUUUUUUUCAUUUUUUCCGAUUUUCUUUCUGGUUUAAAAAUCGUGCUUGCUUUUCACUUUAAGAAGAGCCCGCACGUGCAAUAGAUAAUUUUAUUUUGCCAUAAUAAGUGUAUCUUCAAACCAACAUUUCCGAUUUUCACUUGAAAGAAACUUUAAUUUGUAGCAUCGUUUCGAACAUUCUUCAUCCUUUAAAAACAUUCUCUUCGCAUUAUUUUAUAUCUCAAUUAAAGUGUAUUUAUAUAAAAGUACAAUUUCGACCUACGUUGAACGGUGUAUCUGAAGAAUCGUGGUGCCGGCCGAACAGUGGAGACGAAAAUUGGUGUGUUGAACGGUGUGCUGUGAGAAGGACGGUGCGAUGGCAGUGGCUACGGGGCCACGCCGGCCACGCACGCUCCUCCACGGUGGUAAAUACGCUUCCGGGAAUACUUUUGGAACGAAAAACCUAUGGUCGGUCCUCGAUGGCCUCCCGUUGAUCCUAGUCCUAGCCGGUGUUGCACAGGUUGCUGCCAUCAGAAUGGCUGAUGGCAGCGGCUGUGGUGUCAAUAGUUUUAGAUGUCUCGAUGGCACCUGCAUACCGACUACUUUAGUCUGCAAUUAUCAGAAGGAUUGCAAAAAUGCGGAAGAUGAAUUUCAAUCUUGCACACCACCAGACUGUGAAGCUGGUCAGAUCACUUGUGGCCAGUACAUUUUCAACAAGACCUACUGUAUACCUCCCCAUCAGCGAUGUGACAUAACUGUCGAUUGCGUCGAUGGAACCGAUGAAGCUGGUUGCAAUUACAGGAAAUGCCAAUCCGAUGAUUUUCGAUGUGGUGGUACGACACCAGAGCUUUGUAUUCCAAAAGAAAAAAAGUGCGAUGGUUACCUAGACUGUCGAAAUGGUCGGGACGAAGAGAAAUGUGAGAACACUGCGAAACCAGCUUGUAGGUUAGAUCAAUUCAGGUGUAAUUCGACACAGCGUUGCCUUGAACAAUCAGCCAGGUGUAAUUACAAGGAUGACUGUGGAGAUAAUAGCGACGAAGAGAAUUGCAACUUCCAACCAUGUACAAUCAACCAAUUCCGUUGUGCAAAUUCACUUUGCAUACCAAGAUCCUAUGUUUGUGAUGGUUACAAGGAUUGCCAGGAUGGAUCUGAUGAAAAAUCCUGCACCACAACCACAUGUCCUCGAAACAAAUUUGUGUGUCCUAGAGGAACAGCUGAUGGCAAACCACUUUGCAUAGAUAGGUCUCAAGUUUGUGAUGGAAAACCUGAUUGUGAGGAUGAAACAGACGAAGAAACCAGUUGUUCAUCAGUUAUAUGCAGUUCACUAGCAUGUCGUUAUAAAUGCCGGGCAUCUCCCACAGGAGGAGUUUGCUAUUGCCCUGCAGGCUGGGUUCUUGCAAAUGACUCAAUAACUUGCAUAGAUCGUGAUGAGUGUUCAGAGUGGGGCUUCUGCGAACAAUUAUGCGAGAACACGGAAGGUUCCUAUACCUGCAGUUGUGCUCCAGGUUUCACACUGCAGGCACGCAACAAGUGUAGAGCCCAACAACAUCCUGGUGUGAAACUGGAACUGUUAGUCGCUCAAGAUAGAGCUGUUUGGAGAAUGUCUCCUAGCGGUGAAGCCAAGACCAUUGUUGCUAAUACAACUGGUGCAAGUGGAGUGGAUUACCUUUAUUUUAGAGAUUUACUUUUCUGGAGCGAUGUUAAGACCAAGAAAGUGCAGUCAGAACCUUUAAAUGGCGAAGAUUCUAGUUCUAGAGUGGCUAUAUACUUGACAAGCUCAUGGGGCCCAGUUGCCAUUGCAGUGGACUGGAUAGGGGAAAAGUUAUACAUAGUAGACAAUGUAGUUCAAAAGAUUGAUGUACUUGAAUUAGACGGAAGAUUCCACGGCAUUGCUUUAAGUUCUAAUCUGACUAAUCCAGCUGAUAUUGGCCUGGAUCCUACAGUAGGCUUGAUGUUCAUAGCCGACAGUAAACAAGUUUUGAGAGCUAACAUGGAUGGAACCCAAGACUUCCCAAUUGUAUUUGAGGCAGCAUAUAGAGUAUCCGGCGUUGCUGUGGAUGUGAUUGCUCGGAGGAUUUUUUGGUGUGAUUCUCAAUUGGACUAUAUUGAAACUGCUGAUUAUUUGGGAAGAAAUAGAGUAAUGGUACUUAGAGGUCCACAUACACCAUCUCCAACGAGACUGACGCUUUUUGAAAAUAGAAUCUAUUGGACAGAUGGUACAAAGCAAGCUAUCAUGAGUGUAGAAAAAACAGGAGGUGAUUAUUCCAUACAGAAUGUUUAUAAAAUGAGAGAUGCAAAGGCUAUUAAAGCUCUACAUCCUUUGACUCAGCCAAUGGUUUCCAAUCCUUGUGGGAAUAAUAAUGGUGGUUGUCAGCAUAUGUGCAUAGUAACUGCAGCCAGUGAUCAGGAAAAUAGAUUAGGGUAUCGAUGCGCCUGUGAUAUAGGAUGGAGAUUAUCUAGUGAUCAGAGGAAUUGCAAUUUAGUUCAGGAGUUUUUAAUGUAUUCACAACAGAGAUUCAUUAAGGGCAGAGUGCUGGACCCUGUAAUGGAAGGAUUUAGUGAUGCAAUCUCACCUGUGGUUUCUAAGAGAGCCAGAUUUGUUGGACUAGACUUCGACGCACACGAUCAGUACAUCUAUUACAGUGAUGUUUUGCAAGAUGUCAUUUACCGGGUUCGCCAAAGUGGCACCGGUCGGGAGAUUGUAUUAGCUAGUCAAAAUGAGGGUGUAGAAGGCCUUGCAGUUGAUUGGGCUGCCAAGAAUUUAUACUAUAUCGAUUCCAGGAAAGGAACAUUGAAUGUAUUGAGUACGAGAAAUGUCACUUAUCGCAGAACAUUGUUAAAGAAUUUAAGACGACCAAGGGCUAUUGUUAUUCACCCUAAUCAGGGAUAUAUUUUUUUCUCUGAAUGGGAUAGACCUGCAAAUAUCAGUAGAGCCUAUACUGAUGGUUCCAAUCUGAUGGUUUUCAAGAAUUUAACUUUGGGGUGGCCCAAUGGUUUAGCUAUUGAUUUUGCAAAGGAUAGAUUGUAUUGGUGUGAUGCUCUUCUAGAUCAUGUACAACAUUCCAAUUUGAAUGGUACUGAUGUACGAACAGUUAAUUCUAGGUUGUUUAGGCAUACCUUUUCCAUGGCUAUUUAUGAACAAUGGAUGUACAUUACCGAUUGGCGUCUAGAUGCUAUUAUUAGACUCGAUAAAGAGACUGGAGAACAAGAGUCCAUUCUUGUACGUCAACCUGAAACAAAUAGACUGUAUGGUGUGAAAGUUUACAGUCGUGACAUUCAGACUUCUUUACCGGAUCAUCCAUGUUCUAUUGAUAAUGGAGGAUGUGAAAAAUUGUGCUUUGCUAUUCCCCAGAAUAAUACUAAUAGAUACGAUACUGCCAGAUUAACCAGGGUCUGUGGUUGUCCUUAUGGUGAACGCAUUCAAGGAGAUGGCAAAACUUGUGCACCUAAUGCAGAAAGUGAACCACCUUUAAAGGCCUGUCCUAGCACAUGGGACUUCACUUGUGCUAAUCAGAGAUGUGUGUCACAUGGCUGGGUCUGUGAUGGUGAGAAUGAUUGUCUGGAUAAUAGCGAUGAGCGAAACUGCACCAAACCAACUUGUACACCUAAUCAAUACCAAUGCAAAUCUGGUAGAUGUAUUCCCAUGAGCUUUCUUUGCAACUCUGUGAAUGAUUGUGGAGACUUCAGUGAUGAACUUGGCUGUCCAAAUAUAACUUGUGAUGCAAAUCAAUUUACUUGUGCUAACAACAAAUGCAUACCCUACACUUGGAAGUGUGAUUCUGAAGAUGAUUGUGGAGACAAUUCUGAUGAGGGAGAAUUCUGUAUGGCGAGGACGUGUUCUUACUUUCAAUUCACUUGCCCGCGGUCAGGACACUGUAUUCCACGAUCCUGGGUCUGUGAUGGAGAUAAUGAUUGUUUCGAUCAACAGGAUGAGAUAGAUUGUCCGCCUGUUACUUGUCUCAGUACUCAGUUUACUUGCGCUGAUCAGAGGAUGUGCGUUCUUGAUUCAUAUAGGUGUGACGGUAUAUCGGAUUGUAACGAUGGUAGCGACGAGGUCGGCUGUCCUUCUUUAGCACCAGACCAAUGUAACACUGAUAAACAGUUCCAAUGUGCUACCUCUGCGAUUUGCAUACCACGAAGUUGGUACUGUGAUGGGAGUCCAGAUUGUCUAGAUAAAUCUGACGAGCCGGCUUCUUGCGGACAAGUUGGUUGUCAACCAGGCUUCUUCAAAUGUCGUAACGAGAAGUGUGUAUUCAAGGCAUAUAUUUGUGAUGGAAAAGAUGACUGUGGUGAUGGAUCUGACGAGGACACCGAAUUGCACGCUUGUACUACACCUGAAUUCAAAUGUGAUUCUCAGCAAUGGAAAUGUCCAUAUGUAACUGAUAGAUGUGUAAAUAUAACUAGUGUCUGCGAUGGUAAAUUUGAUUGUCCUAAUGGUGCAGAUGAAGGUCCAGUAUGUGACUUCCAAGAAUGCAAAUACUUCGGAGGUUAUUGUAGUAAUGAAUGCAUCCAAACACCUGUGGGUAAACAGUGUACAUGUCCUCCAGGUGAAGAACUUAGCAGUGAUGGCUAUACUUGUCAAGAUUUGAAUGAAUGCGAGCCCCCUGGACGUUGUUCUCAGAUCUGUGUCAAUGUCAAAGGUGGAUACUAUUGUAAUUGUGUUGAUGGGUAUAUUUUGGAGAAAGAUAAACAUUGCAAAGCACUUAAUCAUAGUGCUGCGUUUUUGAUUAUAUCUAACAGACACACAAUUUUAGUAUCUGAUCUACAGGAACAAGCAUUGGAAAGAGUACCAAUUAAUGUAGAGAAUGUUGUUGCAACUGCUAGUAAUAUGCACGCUGGUACAAUCUUUUGGUCAGACAUGAAAUUAAAAAAGAUAUCUAGGUUAGAUAGAGGUAGUGAUCCCGAGGAUGUAAUAUCAAUUGGAUUGGAUUUGGUGGAAGGUCUUGCAUAUGAUUGGAUAGGUCAGAAUUUAUACUGGUUAGAUUCUAAAUUAAACACUAUUGAAGUAGCCAAAGAAACAGGUACCAAUAGAAUGAUAUUGGUUAAAGAAAACAUUACUCAACCUAGAGGCAUGUGUUUAGAUCCCAGUCCUGAUGCAAGAUGGCUCUUUUGGACAGACUGGGGUGAAUAUCCUCGAAUUGAAAGAAUUGGUAUGGAUGGUACUAACAGAUCAACCAUCAUCAGUACCAAAAUUUACUGGCCAAAUGGUCUUGCUUUAGAUAUUGCAAAUAAGCGAAUAUACUUUGCUGAUAGUAAAUUAGACUUUAUUGAUACUUGCCUUUAUGAUGGAAGCAAAAGAAUUCAAGUAUUAGCUAGUUCCCACUAUCUGCUGCAUCCUCAUUCUUUAACAUUGUUUGAGGACACCAUGUAUUGGACAGACAGACAGUUAAAUAGAGUACUAUCAGCUCAUAAGUUCUAUGGAGUAAAUCAAACUGUAGUAUCCCACUUGAUAUCUCAACCUUUGUCAAUACAUGUGCAUCAUCCUGUUCUACAGCCAAUCACCCCAAAUCCUUGUGCAAGUGCUACUUGUGCUCACUUGUGCUUGUUAUCACCUACUAAUCCUCAGGGUUACACUUGUAAAUGUCAAGUUGGAUUCAAAUUAUUGUUUAGUGGACAGUGUUUAGAAGAAGAGACACCUUAUUUGAUGGUUCUACGAAGCUCUCAGAUUGUAGAUGUUUCAUUAGUGCCAGGAAGUACCAAAACUGGUUAUAUAACUCCAGUUGUUGGAGUUGAAGGAGGUAAAUUCAUAGAUUAUGAUAGGAAAGAAAGAAUGAUCUAUUGGCUUCAAACUAAGGAUGACGACGACAAGAAUGGUACUAUUUAUACAACUCCUUAUAAUGGUGGAAACAGAACAGAGUUUCCCAAUCCAUCUGGAGACAGUGGAAUUGUUGGAGCACCUUCUGCAAUGGCAUUUGAUUGGCUAGGAAGAAAUUUAUUUAUAGGAAAUAAAUAUGCUUCAAAUAUAGAAGCAAUAAAGGUAGAUGGCAAGACUAGAUAUCGAACAAUAGUGCUUGCUAAUAAUGGCAACAAGACAUCUGUUGCCAAGCCAAAGGCUAUGUGUGUAGAUCCCCUUGAAGGACAUAUAUUCUGGGUAGAUGAUGGUAGUUUUGGUAUUCCUAUGAAAAUUGGAAGAGUUAAUAUGGAUGGUACAAAUCCUAUUAUCUUGGUUGACAAUGUGGAAAGACCAGAAGCCAUUACAAUUGAUAUUCCUACCAAAACUGUUUACUUCAGUUCAUUACAUCCAGCUUUGAUUAUGGCAAUUUCAACAGAUGGUCGAAAUCUAAGAACUAUUGUUUCAGAGAACAUAGCAUUACCAAAGGCACUUGCUGUUCAUGAGUCCAGAUUAUAUCUCCUUGAUCCACGAUAUGAUAAAAUAGAAAGAGUUGACCUACCUGAUGGAGGUAAUCCUACUACAAUAAUCGACAAUGAUUCUGAAUUAAAAACAUUAACUAUUUAUAAGAAACGAGUCACUGGAGAUCAUCCAUGUUUUGUGAAUAAUGGUGGCUGUGAACAGAUCUGUCUUCCAGCUUCUGGAGGUACUAGAGUUUGUGCUUGUGGCAUGGAAUAUCGCAAAAUCAGUGAUACUUCUUGUGAACCUUUCAAGACCUUUGCAGUAGUUACUCAACUGGAUGUAGCCAGAGGAUACAGUUUGAAAGAUGCAAAGGAAGCAAUGGUACCAAUCUCUGGUGUGGGUCAUCAUAUUCUCCAUGUAGACGUCUACAGCGCAGGCAAUUGGAUUUAUUGGGUAGAGUUCAAUCGUCUAAUGUGGAAUGGAAUAUUUCGUGUUAGACCAAAUGGUACUGAAUUACAGCAUAUUGUAAAACAAGGUAUUGGUUCAAAUGGUAUUAGAGGUCUUGCUAUUGAUUGGGUGGCUGAGAACAUGUAUUUCACCAAUGUGUUUCCGCAUGAUAACUAUGUAGAGGUGUGUAAACUGGAUGGUAGCAACAGAAAAGUAUUGGUGAAAAAGACUACAGAUUCCCCCAGGGAACUGGCCGUAAAUCCCAUUAAAAAAUAUCUUUAUUGGAUAGAUUAUGGACAGUAUCCAAGACUAGGCAAGGCCUAUCUAGAUGGAAGUAACUGGGUGCCUAUAGUUACUUCUGGUAUUAGCACUCCACGUGAUAUAACUAUUGAUCCUGUUACACAUGAUGUCUACUGGGUAGAUUCUAAGCAAGAUACUAUUCAAAAGGUCUCAUAUACCGGUGGAAAUCGUCAAAUUAUCAGGCGCAACUUACCUAACCCUAUGGGAGUUGCCAUUUACGGUAACGAUGUUUAUUGGGUUGAUAGAAAUUUAGCUACAGUGUUUAAAGCUAGCAAGCAAAGUAACUUCAGUGUACCGACAACAGUGAGAUCAAAUUUACCUAAAUUGAGAGAUAUUGUCAUGUUCGAUCAAAACAGUCAACCACCAGAUCCAACAAAUCCUUGUGCACCAGGCGGAAGCGCAGGCUGUGAGCAACUCUGUUUCGCUAUGCCUAAGGAGAGCUCAGUUCCUUUUAAGUGUGAAUGCGCAGUAGGUAAAUUAGCAGCAAAUGGAAAAAAUUGCGAGAAUGUAGAAGAAUAUUUGGUGUUCGUCACAAGAACGGAAAUUAGAGCCAUUGGUUUAGAUCCACAGAAUACCAGUGUGCCAUUUAAUUCAAUUGGAAAUUUGAGCAAUGUAGUAGGUGUGGACUUUGAUUAUCAAGACAAAAAGUUACUGUUCACCCAAAUUAGACCUUGGGCCAAGAUAGCCUGGAUGCAAGCAGAAAAUCCUUCUUCUUCUGAAAUUCACACGCUAAUUAGUAAAGGAAUUAAUCCUGAGGGUAUCUCCUAUGACUGGACACAAAAAAAAGUUUAUUGGACAGAUUCAUCAAAUAACAGUAUUUAUGCAAUGGAUUUGGAUGGGUCAAAUCUGGUAAUGAUUGCCAGAGUGGACAGACCUAGGGCCAUAGUAGUUGAUCCAUGUAAUGGUUCAUUGUACUUUACUGAUUGGGGUCGUUAUGGAACAUCAGGCAAGAUUUUUAGAACUACAAUGGCAGGUUCAUUGAAGAAAGCUAUCAUUGAUAAAGACCUUUCUCAGCCAAGUGGCUUAGCAAUUGAUUAUGAAGAUCGGAUGCUUUACUGGACUGAUGCAGUUAGGGAGAAGAUAGAACGUUCGGAGUUGGAUGGAAAUAAUCGUGAAAUUUUAGUCAGUGCAACAAUUUAUCCUUUUGCCAUAACAGUUUUCAGGGAGCAUAUUUAUUGGACAGAUCUUCAGCUAAGAGGAGUUUAUCGUGCUGAAAAGCAUACAGGAGCAAACAAGGUAGAACUAGUGAAACGAUUGGAGGAUUCACCUAGGGACUUACAUAUCUACUCAGCAGCUAGACAACAAUGUAAAGUAAAUCCUUGUAAUAUUUCAAAUGGUGGCUGUGACCAAUCUUGUCAUCCAGGUAUAAAUGGCUCAGCAGAGUGUAAAUGUGAUGAUAACAGCAGACUCGUAAACGAAGAUAGGAUGUGUGUACCUAAGAAUGUAACCUGUGAUUCCAGUAAAUUUGCUUGUAGAAAUGGACGAUGUAUUUCAAGAAUGUGGGCAUGUGAUGGUGAUGAUGACUGUGGCGAUGGUUCAGAUGAAGAUACUAAUUAUUGCUCUUACCAUUCAUGCAGUCCCAAUGAGUUCAGAUGUAACAAUGCUAGAUGCAUUUUCAAGACUUGGAAAUGUGAUCAUGAGAAUGAUUGCCGUGAUGGCAGCGAUGAAGAAGGUUGUGUAUACCCUCCUUGUGCUCCUGGAGAGUUUACUUGUGCCAAUCAUCGUUGCAUCCCACAAUCACAGGUCUGUAAUGGUAUCAAUGACUGUAAAGAUAAUGUCACUUCUGAUGAGACUCACGAGCGUUGUCCCAGGAACACUACAUGUCUACCUAAUCAUUUGAAAUGUGAAGAAACUAAUAUAUGUGUGGAGCCAUAUUGGCUUUGUGAUGGAGACAAUGAUUGUGGUGAUAAUAGUGAUGAAAAUCCAUUACACUGUGCUCAAAGAACUUGUCCUCAGAGCUCCUUCAGGUGUCCCAACCAUAGAUGUAUUCCUGCUACAUGGUAUUGUGAUGGAGAUAAUGAUUGCCUGGAUGGAAGUGAUGAACCACCUGGUUAUUGUCAGUCAGAAGGUAGGACUUGUUUUGGGGAUUUGUUCACUUGUGAUAAUGGAAACUGUAUACCCAGAAUUUAUAUUUGUGAUGGAGACAAUGACUGUUUGGAUCAUUCUGAUGAAGAUGAACGUCAUCAGUGUAAUGAUAGAAAAUGUGAUGAGGAAACUGAAUUUACUUGUACUGCAAAUAAGAUUUGGAAUAGGGCACAGUGCAUUCCAAAGAAAUGGUUAUGCGAUGGAGACCCAGAUUGUGUAGAUGGAGCUGAUGAAAAUGUGACUCUACAUCACUGUCCGACUCCAACACCCUGUGCUGAGAAUCACUUUACUUGUGACAAUGGACGUUGUUUGAACCAAAAUUGGUUGUGUGAUCAUGAUAAUGAUUGUGGCGAUGGUAGUGAUGAAGGAAAGUUUUGUAACUCCAGAUAUAAGGCUUGCACUAGCCAGGACUUUACUUGUCAUAAUUUCAAGUGUAUUAGGAAGCAGUUUCGCUGUGAUGGGCAAGAUGAUUGUGGUGAUCAUUCUGAUGAAGAUGGUUGUCCACCAAAAGUGAAGAAUACAACUUGCCCAAAUCCAGGGGAAUUUAUGUGUGCAAAUGGAAACUGUAUUGAUCAACGAUUGGUUUGUAAUAAAGAACCUGACUGUGCAGAUGAAAGUGAUGAACCUGCUCAUUGUAACGUGGACGAGUGCGCUCUUGUAGAAGUGAAUCAAUGUGCUCACAAGUGUAUUGACACACCAACAAGUUACUAUUGCGAGUGUAAUCCAGGUUAUAGACUUUUGGAGGAUGGAAAAGCUUGCGCUGAUAUAGAUGAAUGUGCAGAGACACCACAAGUAUGUAGCCAGCAGUGUCAGAAUACACCUGGUAGUUACUAUUGUAAGUGCAACCAUUACUGGUACGAACGCGCUGCUGAUGAGCAUACAUGUAAAAGAAGAGAUAAUACUAAACCUUGGAUCAUCUUUACGAACAAGUACUAUGUCAGAAAUAUGUCUAUUGAUGCCUCCAACUACAGCUUAAUGCAUCAGGAUCUCAUCAAUGUUGUUGCUCUGGAUGCUGAUUAUGCCGAACAAAUGCUCUAUUUCUGUGAUGUUACUGCUAAGACAAUUUUCAGGGCACCUAUCAUAGGAGGAGAGAAAGAGGCUAUCAUUAGACACGAUAGCCUUGGUUUAGAAGGAAUUGCAAUUGACUGGGUAGGCCGAAAACUAUACUGGCUUGACCGUCAUGCUAAACACUUAGACGUUGCUGAACUUAAUGGUACCAACAGGAAGACUCUAUUAAGUGGCAUAGCUGAUCCGCGUGCAAUUGUUGUUCAUCCUGGUACAGGAUAUUUGUAUUUCACUUCAUGGUAUCUUCAGGCUUACAUAGGCAAAAUGGGAAUGGAUGGAAGUAAUUUCACAAGGAUUCUCACUUGGGAGGAUGAUAUAGCUUGGCCUAAUGCUUUGACUAUUGAUUAUUUCACUGACAGAAUUUUCUGGGCAGAUGCUCAUCUAGACUACAUUGCAUUUGCUGACUUGGAAGGCCAUAAUAGGCGUAAAGUUCUUUCUGGAACUGCUGUGCCUCAUGUUUUUGCCAUUACAGUAUUUGAUGACUUCAUUUUCUGGACUGAUUGGAAUCUAAAAUCCAUCAGUAGGGCAGAAAAAUUUUCUGGAGCUAAUUUGCGAUUUCUUAGAAAUACUACUCAUAGGCCAUAUGAUAUCCAUGUAUACCAUCCUCUUAGACAGGUGCCCUACAACAAUCCAUGCAUAGAAAAUAAUGGCGGAUGUUCUCAUCUCUGUCUAAUUUCGCCACCUGCAAGUUCUUAUUUGUUAGAAGGGUAUGGUCAACCUGGUGUAACGUCAUUCAAAUGCAAGUGCCCCAAUCAGUUUGUGUUAGACAAAGAUGGGAAGACCUGUAGGCCUAAUUGUACCGCUGGUCAACAUAAUUGUGGUCCUCCAGAUGAAAAAUGCAUUCCGUGGUAUUGGAAAUGUGACGGUGAAAAGGAUUGCAAAGAUGGUUCAGAUGAACCUGCUAUUUGUCCAGCGCGUGUUUGCCGACCCAGCGUUUUCCAGUGUACAAAUGGUAACUGUAGACCGAAUGUCGCUGUCUGUGAUGGCGUAGAUGAUUGUGGAGAUAAAAGCGACGAAGCUCACUGUAACUUAGAAUGUGGUGAAUUAGAAUUUAAAUGUAAGUCGAGUGGACGUUGUAUUCACGAGUCCUGGAAGUGCGAUGGCGACGCAGAUUGUAAAGAUGGUAGCGAUGAAGAUCCUGCUAUUUGUCACAAUCGACCAUGUGAUCCAAACACAGAAUAUACUUGUAAAAAUGGUAGGUGUAUCCAAAAAGUUUGGAUGUGCGACUCUGACAAUGAUUGUGGUGACGAUAGUGACGAACCAGCAUACAUGUGUCGUCAAAGAAAUUGUACUACUGGUUGGCAACGUUGUCCAGGUCAUGCUAACUACCGUUGCAUACCGAAAUGGCUCUUCUGUGAUGGAAAAGAUGAUUGUCGCGAUGGUUCGGAUGAACUUUCUGAAAAUUGUCCUAAGUGUAACUCCGAAAUGGAAUUCAAAUGCACUAAUAAUAGAUGCGUACCUAAACAAUGGCUUUGUGACUUUGCUGACGAUUGUGGGGAUGGUAGUGAUGAAGCUGAAGCAAUGUGCAAGAACCGUUAUAGAGAAUGUUCAGAGUCUGAGUUCCGGUGUGAUAAUGGAAAGUGUAUUGCCUCCAGAUGGAGAUGCGAUUCUGAAGAUGAUUGUGGCGAUAAUAGUGAUGAGAAUGGUUGUCAAGAGUUCGUAUGUAAAGAUGAUACAUUCCAAUGUGCAAGUGGUCAUUGCAUAGCUUCGUACUUAAGGUGCGAUGGAACACGAGAUUGCAGAGAUAUGAGUGACGAAAUUGGAUGCCCACCAAGGUAUCCAGGAGGACGAUAUUGUCCACAGUCGAGAUUCCAAUGCGAUAACAACCUCUGUGUCUACCUCACGGACAAAUGUGAUGGAAGUGAUGAUUGUGGUGAUGGCUCUGACGAGAAUCCCAGCAUGUGUGCAAACUUUAAAUGCGAUACAAUUAGAAGAUUCCAGUGUGCCAAUCACAAGUGCAUUGCUAAAUACCAAUUGUGCGAUGGCAUUGACAACUGUGGCGAUGGUUCUGACGAAAACAAUAUGACUAUGUGCGCUUCUAGAGUCCGCUCAUGUGAUGCUAUAACCGAAUACACGUGCGCCAAUAAAAAAUGUAUUGAUCGAUCUAAACUCUGUGACUUCGCUGAUGAUUGCGGAGAUUACUCUGACGAAUUUGGUUGUCAUCACAAUAAACCCUGUCUGGACAGCAAUAAGGGGGGCUGUGCUCACUAUUGUCACAAUAUUACCGACGGUGGUUAUAUCUGCGCCUGUUAUUCAGGUUAUAUAUUUUCACGAUAUAAUCGAAAACAUUGCGAAGACAUUGAUGAAUGUGCUACUGGCCAGCAUCAGUGCUCUCAGCUUUGUACUAACCUAAAUGGCACUUACUCCUGCUCCUGUAGACAAGGUUUCGAAUUAUCUGACAAUCGUAGUGGUGUUUGCAAAGCUGUAGAUACUGAUAUGAUGAUCUUAUUCGCCAAUGGUCCUGGUAUUAGAGCUUAUGAUCCUCAUGACAAAGAAGAAUUCGAGGUUAUUGCGAAUGAGAAAAGAGUAUUGGCUCUGGACUUUGAUCCUAAAUCGGAGUAUGUAUUCUGGAUCGAUGGUUAUGAUAAUUCCAUCAAAAGAUCAUAUAUGGUGAACGCUAAAGAUGGACAAGUGAAGAUUGGAUAUGCCCAAGAUCUUAACAUAAAAAGUGAAUCAGGACUUACAAGUUUAGCUGUAGACUGGAUUUCUGGUAAUCUCUAUUGGACAGAAAUCGAUUCUUCAGGAGCUACAGUUUUCGGAAGAGUCAUGGUCUCAAAGGCAGACGGUAGAUACCGUCGAAGUCUAAUAACAGUUGGUUUAGAAAUUCCAACUUCUAUUGCAGUAGAUCCAGAAUUAGGUCGAGUCAUCUGGGCAGAUGCUGGAAGUCAACCCAAGAUCGAAAUCGCUUGGAUGGAUGGCAAUAGACGAAAACAACUAGUUUCCGAUAAAAUUGGACAACCUAUUGCGCUUACUAUUGAUUAUUCCAUGCAACAUGUCGUUUAUUGGGUUGAUAGUAAACUUAACACCAUUGAAUCUAUUCAACAGAAUGGAUCAAACAGGAAAGUGAUUCUUAAAGGUGAUAGUCUGAAGCAUCCAGUUUCUUUGGAUGUCUUUGAGAACAAUCUGUAUUGGGUAUCUAGAAUGACUGGUGAUUUGAUCAAGCAGGAUAAAUUUGGUAGAGGUGUGCCAGAAGUCAUCAUCAAAUAUGUACCUAACGCGGGAGGAGUGAAGGUGUAUCAUCAACAAAGAUAUAAUACUUCUUUGAGAAAUUUCUGUCCUGAAGAUCAAUGUACCCAUCUUUGUGUCCCAAUUCCUGGUGGAAAUCGUUGUCUUUGCUCGGAUAGCAUUGGUCCUCUUCAACAAAGAGAGACUAUACGAUCGAAUGAACGUCAUUGCGACGCGACUAAUGAAAGACCACUUCCAGCACCGAGGAUUUGUCCUUGCAGGAAUGGUGGAUUGUGUCAAGAAGUUGAAGAUAAUAAAUUACAGUGUGAUUGUCCUGUUCCCUUCCACGGAGAAUUUUGUGAAAUUAUGUUGGGAACUAGAUCGAGCAACGCCACCGCUGCCAUCGUCAUACCCAUUGUUAUCUCUGUAUUGGUUCUUCUUGGAGCCGCAGCUGUUAUUAUGGUGCUCAAGAAACGGCCAUUUGGAAAGCCUGGAGGCCUUGGCAGUUUAACUGGUGCUCAGAGUGUAUCUUUCAGACAAGGAAGCAAUGUUGAAUUUGGCGUACCUGCUCACGAAAGAAUGGAACCUUUAGAUGUGGAGUACAAUCUUGGUGAUGUGAGUAACAAAAAUAGAGACUUCAGUAAUCCCAUGUAUGAUGCAGUAAAUACAGAAACAGGUGCCACAAAUGGCACUGGUGCGAGUAGCAUGUACGAAUUGCCAGCUGAGAUGAAACCAUCCAGCAUUCAACACAAAGAACCACCACAGUUGCACCUGAAGAGGAGAGAACUUGAUCCAACACCCAUUGAUUCUGGGAAAGAUACACAACAGUUGGUUGAGGAAGACAAAUCCGAGUGUUAGAUAGUAUAACUUUCUCUGCAGUGACGUAGUUAGAAGUUUCGGGUGAUUUAAAAAAGAAAGACUCGUUUGAAUAACAUAAUAGCAAAAUAUAAACGAUCUAGGAAUUUUUUAUAAAAUGUAAUGAAUGUUUUUAUAUUGUGACAUAUUGAUUUAUUCACAAAGUUAUUGUAAUUGUUAUUUUUUUA